UCUGUACUCCACCAGGAUAAGUGUGUUGUUUCCCGCACAUGCUGAUGAAAUAUAUGCCUGAAGCCCGACGCAACUUCUGAUUCCAAAUUUCCUCCCUGCGAUCUCGUAGUUCUGCAUCCUCAACUCUUCGGCGACUUGUCAUCAACUUAUUGCGUUGGGUGUUGCGGGUGCUAUCUGCGAUCUCUCGUCGCGGACAAUGUUAACACGGCGCUGAUUGAUUUCGACGGAUUCGGGUUUUUAGCUGACUUGAGAAUCGAUUGUUGGGCGGCAACGGUAAUCAAUGCAUUGGUAGACUAGUUGCAGAGGGAAGGAGGAAAUCUGUAGGCAGGUUGGGGCGGUUCAGAGGUGAUGGCUAAGAUGACGAAGUUGUCGGCUUUGAGGGUGUUGCUGUUUGUGUGGCUCGCGGCUGAGCUUUCAUUAGCCAACGCGCACGUUGGCCAUUCUCAUUCGGGAGAUUCUGAGGGACCGGGUUUGAGGGAUAAAAGUUUGAUACUUACUAAGGUUUACGCAUUGCUUAUUGUAUUCUUUGCCACGUUCCUGGGAGGUAUUUCGCCCUACUUCUUCCGGUGGAAUGAAGCGUUUUUAGUUCUUGGAACCCAGUUCGCUGGUGGGGUAUUUCUAGCGACAGCCAUGAUUCACUUCCUCGGCGAUUCGCAUGACGUCUUCAGGAGAUUGAGACCGACUUCAUUCUACGCGUAUUCAGAGAUGCUCGCCGUUGUCGGGUAUCUGCUGACUAUGCUCGCAGAUGUGGCGAUUCAGAGUGUCCACGAUCGCAAGGUAUCCACGGUUCAGGGUGCCCACGAUUACCUGUCUGAGAAGAGAGCGGCUGCGGAUGUGGAGAGCCCAACUGAAUCUUCGGAAACCAAAGCGGCGAUUCAGUCGAGUUACAACCUCAGCGACGCUGUGCUCCUGAUCUUUGCGUUGUGCUUUCACUCUAUCUUUGAAGGGAUCGCUAUCGGGGUGGCGGCGACGAAGGACGACACAUGGACGUCACUGUGGACAGUAUCGCUUCACAAGGUCUUCGCUGCCAUAGCGAUGGGCAUCGCGCUCCUGCGCAUGCUGCCAAAUCGGCCCCUCCUACAGUGCGUCCUGUACGCAUUCGCAUUCGCUAUCUCCACCCCUAUUGGUGUUGCCAUCGGGAUCAUCAUCAACUCCACGGUCGAGGGCCGCAUCGCAGAUUGGAUCUACGCCGUCUCCAUGGGCAUUGCCACCGGAGUGUUCGUCUAUGUUGCAAUCAAUCACUUGCUAGCCAAAGGGCAUAAGCCUAACAAAAAAGUUGCUCUUGACCGACCUCUUUGGCGCUGGGCGGCCGUUGUGCUUGGGGCUACCUUGAUCGGUAUCGUCAUGAUUUGGGAUUAACCUCCCUGGCACUACGAAUUUCAACCGGAUGUGCAUUUGCAAAUGUCAAGCCAGCCAAGUUGCAGGAGCGGAGCCCCAGUUUAUCAGGAAAGGCAUGCGCUGAAAACCCUGGUCUGCAGAACACGAGAUUGUAACUCGCUCAUGUGACUACUUCAAGUUUUGUCAAUUUAGGCAAUUACCUUUGUCAGCGCGAGAAUCAGUUUUUUUCCGGAGCAAUCCUGGAGGCAGGCCCAGUUGAUUGUUCACAGGGCGAACAAAGUUCAUUGUUCGAAGAGUGUAGUACAGUUUGUUGCUGUUGGAUCAUAACCGCUGCAUGGGAGACUCCAGACGCAUCAAGUUUAAUUCAUCAAGUUCUGCUACUAUUUGCUCAAAACUUAUCCCUGGUUCCCUGAUAUACACAUAUCAGGCUGCUACGACUGAGUUGUUCUUUGUGUAUGGUCAUGAACCGUGCUGCUUGUUGAGAUCAGUCUUGAUGACGAUUUCAACAACAGCUGCUAUUCUAUGCAAAAAUGUUGUGUACAUAGACUUGGUAAGAUGCGAUGUGCCGCCUGAACUUGGCAAUAGAGUCAUACUUCCAGAUGAAAAUUUGUCUAGAUUGUGUCUUUGUUGCUUCGUGGGUUGGUUCUCUUGUUGUUACCAGCUUAGUUUGUGAAUGCAAAUCGAGAGUGUUGAAAAUGUAGCAGUCUUUUCAUUGCCAAACAUGAGUGUAGAUUGAAAAACCCGAUUCUCAACAAGGAUCGUAUAUUGCGUUUCAAUUAAUAAACCUUUAUAGAAAAAUAUCACCUUGUUAGAA